AGCUGGAACAUCGGCGACAUCGCUGUUCAAGAAGACCCAAGCGCCGGCGCUGCAGCGUCCUCGAUGGGAACGCUCCUGCUCGACCCUCGGGACCCCAUGCUUUAGGCCUUUUUAUUACAAUAAGUGCUGAAAUCUCUUUAGUAGCGGGAGUGUGGUCCCGUUUUUAGCACCAGGACACCCCUCAGCGCCCCCGCCGCCAUGAUGCCACUUCCGUCCCGCGCGCGUCCCCUCAGCAACGGCGGCGCCUCCAUCCGCCAUGGCGGCGCGGCCCCCGCCCCGUCCCCAGCCCCCUCACUGCUCUCACACCCGGAGAUGCCGGGAGUUCACCGGCUGCGGGCCGCACGAAGUGGCGCUGCUAGCCAAGCCCACCAAAAGAGACCUCUUCGAAGAGACGAUUUUGGCUGAGAGGGCGCUGGAGGAGGAGCAGCGUGAGCAGGAGCGUGACCUGCGGGUGCUCCGCCACUACCGCAACGUCUGCGACUGGCACAAGGGCGGCGAGGACAAAUGGAUGCAGCGCGCUGCCGAGAGGAAGGUCCGGGCAACGCUGCAGCAGUACCUGCAGGAGAUCGAAGUGAGGAGAGAGAGGCUCCGUGACUUUCUGGAGGCAGAGGAGAGCAGGCACCUUGCUGAGCUGAAUGCACUCGAUGAGGAAAAGGCCCAGCAGAAAGAAGUACAGAUGAAGGAACAAGCAAAAUUACUGAGGGAGAAGAGGGAGCAAGAAAGACUACAAGUGGUGGCUGAAAAACGAGAGCAACAGUUCAGGAACCGAUGUCACGAGUAUCGCGAACACUGUAAAAAACUGAGUGAGAAGGAGCUGAGUGACUGCCAGCUGGCCCAGCAGACUCUGAAGGAGAUACUGAAAAAGGAAGAGAAGAUGCAGGAGCGGAAGCUGGAGGAGAUUUGUGAGAAGGAACUGUUGGCUAAGGACCAGGAAGCGGAGCUGAAGGCGCAGGAGGAGGCCGCGCGGAUCCGGGAGAUGGUGGAUGUGCGCGAGGCCCAGGUGGCCGUGCACGCCGCUCGCAGAGAGGAGAAGAAGCAGGAGAUCAGACAGGAUGCUGAGAGGCUGGAAAAAGAGCUGCACCAGUUAAGGAAAGAAAAUGAAGACCUUGAGAGGAAGAAGCGACACCAGCAGAAGGAAUGCAGGGAGAUUUGGCUCAAAGCAGUGCAGGACAGGCAGAAGGGCCUUGAUGCAGAAAAACAAACUCAGCUUGCUGAAGAGAAGGUGAUCUUGGAAAAUGAUUUUCAGGACCUCGACAAGGAACAUGAGAAGAUAAGAAAUAAAAAACAAACGCUGUUGAAGGAGCAACUUACCUACCUGGAUCAUCUGGCUGAGCAGCUGAGGAGGGAGAAGGAGCAAGAAAGAGAGGAUGAGAAGGUCUUCAAGGAAGAGAGGGAUCAGAUUUGGGCCAAGAGGGUUGAGAAACUGAAACAAGAGAGGGAGGCUCGGUUUCAGCUGCUGAGAGAAGUCGUGAAGGCAAGGCAAUCGCAGAUGGAGGAGAAGUUGCAGAAAAAAGAAGAGAGGAAAAUAGAGAUUGCUGAAGAGAAGAAGGCAAUGGCUGAAGCAAUCAGAAAAUUUGAAUAUGAGGAAGAAGAAGAACGUAUAAGAAAGGCACGGAAGGCCAAAGAGUACAGAGACCAGCUCGCAUCUCAAAUUGCCUAUCAACAGUUGCUCCAAAAAGCUGAGGAAGAGAAGAGGAAGAAAGAAGAGGAAUCAAAUAUGGAAGCAGAGAGAGAGUACCAAGAAAAGAUACAGCUCAUUCUGUCAAUGCCCAACAAGUCUGAAGUAAAGCCCCCCACUGUAAAAAAAGCACUAAUGCCUGACUCUUAAGGGCUUCACUUACUUUGGUAUUUUAGCUCCCUCAGUUGCCUUUAAAAACAUUUUCUUAGGAUGCUUAUUCCUGACUUGAGUUGGAAGAACUCUCUCCACUGUGAUACUCAAAACAUUUAAUUGGAAAUUACAAGAAACAUAGUAUUUUAGUUUGUUUUUUCCCCAUGUAUUUUUUUUUUUUUACAAAUCUGAUCCAAUCCAAAGUGCUUGACAUUUUAAUUCAAGAAUACUGUCUGCCCUCUACAAUAUAACAGUGUAUUAUUGUGAUAUGAACAAUGCACAGGUAUUCUUUUUAAUCUGCACAAAGAAAAAUUGUAGGAAACUUUUAGUAAACCUUUAUUAAAAUGCCUUUCAAACUGAAAGCAUUUGCAAAAUUAUUUUCUUUGUAUUUAGAAACUCUGAAUGUAUUUUACUGUGGGGUGAACAUUAAAAAGCUGAUAUUCUUUUGCACAGACUGUGGUAGCUGUUGAAUGAUGUGUGGAAUACUGGAGUCCCAAGUCUGUGAGUCCUCUGCUUGGGCAGAAUGAAGUCUGCAGGGCUGAAGUUAGAGGUGUCUUAUAAAAAGCUUUAUUCUCUAUAAUUUUCAUGUCACCUCUGCCUCUCUGGGCUUCCUUGGAUCACCACACUGAACACAUGGGAUGGGGGGCUGGAGCACACCACAAUUUAAGGCAGCAGCACAGAAGCUGGCUGGAUGUGCCCGGGAAGGUUCUGGAAGGUUGUGGCAGUGGGGAGCAGGGACACGUCGCUGGCCUCUCUGUCCCCACAGCAGCUUGGCCCUGGUGCAGGAAGAGCAGGGUAGGGGUGACCCAGCUGCUCCCCACGGUGCUGCCCUUGGCAAGCUCCUUGCUAUGUAUUUCUUUAGUUUUUCCUCUGUCCUGUUCAGAGGAGGGAGGUGGAGAACCCAUGUAAAACCUCUCAUCCUUUCUUGCUCACAGACUUCGUGGCAUUUGGAAAUGUUUCAUGUUCUUUCAUUUUUCUAUACGAGUCUUUGCUGCUGCUUAUCUGCAGCUGUUUCUCUCUCCUUCAGCCUUUCAGCUUCUGCCACCUUUCCUUCAGCUCCUGCUUUUUCACCCUUUUUUCCAAAACUUCCAUCUUUCACUCACCCCUUGCUCUGCCACUUUUGUCCUCCCACCCUCCUUUUCAGCAUGUGGCUCCCUGUUGGCAAAUCAAGUUGUGUGUUUGUUCUGUGAGAACAUGAAUGGAUGCACAGAGGAGCUGAUAAAUCGCUGGGAUCAGAGCUCAGGAGCCCCAGAUCCCAGACAUCUUGGAACAAACUGGGAAUAAACACCCUGCAAAGUUGUGCCCUCUUGGUUUAAAGCAGACACCAAGUUGACAAAUGCCUUUUUGUCCCCUGUGGAGAAAAAGGCCAGGUGGAGAUGUGUUAAUCUGAAACAGUACGGUGGUUUUUCAGCAACCCAGCUGAUUCUGGGUGUAAGUGGUGGAAGAACCUGGCCCUGCUGAGGGCAAAAGGAGUGUGGUGGGAUUUUAUCCUUACUUACAGACAGAACUCCCUGGGUCACCAGGUGGGAGAGAGACAAGUCCACUGGAACUGUUUGCAUCCCAGCAAGGAGCCAGACAGACCUGAGCAGUCUCAAAGCUUGUUCCUUAGAUACCUUAGAUCCAAACAGGGCUUGUCCUGCAGGCACUGAGGAAGGAAGCUUCCAGAAAGGUGAAGCUUCAGGCUCGGAGAGGUAGGCUGGUAGCCAGGAUGUCGAGCCCUUUUCAGCAGCUGUCUCCAAAGCUGCACAGAGGACGUCAGAGCUGCUUUGCAGGUGGGGAAGGCCAUCCCAGAUAAAGGAAACAGUUGCAUCAAUGCAGAGAGCUGAGGUAGUCAUAGGUCUGUGCUCCCACCACGGAGUCAAAUUGGCAGGAUGAUUAAGAGAUUAAUUUCCUGGUCUGCCGCAGACUCCUGGAGUAGCCCGUGCAAGCAAUGUAGAUUUUCCUUUACUAUUGUGACCUCCCUUUGAAAAAUGAAGAUAAUAGCACAUCCAGAAUUCCAGGAUUAAUUAAAGCGUGUUAUUAAAGGCUGUGACAUUUGUUGGGUACACCCGAUAUGGGAGAUAAAAAAAAAAUACCACAUUGGCGAGCUUUGUGAAUUCAAGUCAUCCAGAACCAUAAUAAAUCUCCCUUUUUAAUAAAAUAAUAACUCAGAAGAGGUGGUCAGAGCUAUCAAACAUUUAUAGAGUGUCUGAGCUCCUGCUCCUGGAGGCAAAUUUCCUCUGCAACGAGCAUGAGGUCUGUACAAGAUUAAAAGAUCAGACUGGAAGAAGUUUGCCUUCAGCAGGAGUGAAUUCCCAUGGGAUAACGGGAAACUAAAUUCUUCUGAGACAAAACUGUUGGUGGGUGAGCUGGGGCUGAGCCCUCUGCUGCCGAGUGCUUUACAGGAUUCAGGCUGGUCCAGAAGAGCUGGUGAGGCUGGCUGGGUCAGAGCCUCCUUGAGAGGCACCUUCUUGCUGCCCCCAACAGAUGAGCCGUGCAGUAAGAAUGAUUUUCUCUCUCAAGACUGAAGGGUUUCCUUAAUCCUGCAGAUUUCCAUCUUCUUCCAGCUCCUUGGAUCUCCUCGCAGUAACCUGGGUAAAUAGGGCACCAAGCAGAACGUGCUGCAAAGCUUGGUGGUGCCUCUGCCUGCCUCAGGCCAGCGCUCACCUCUGACUUACAGGUCACCAGGCAGUAACGAGCCAAACACAGCUGGAAUUGUGGCUGGCAGGUGCCAAACACAGCUGGAAUUGUGGCUUGCAGAGCUGGAAUUGUGGCUUGCAGGCGCCGGGAAGCUCCAGAGCGUUAGCUGCUGCUCCUGAA